AUGCUUGAUCUGAUUGGGAGGACAACUCUGCCUGCCGCUGAGCUCGCUGCUGCUCAUGCUAGUUCCAACAUGAGCUUGACAACCGGAAUGCCGCUCGAUACGCUAAAGAGCUUACACAAAGAAUGGAUAAAGAGCUUCAAUUGGACUCGGGAAGAAGAACAGAUGAACACAUAUAACCAUUUCACAACACAGAUUGGAGAUCAGACCGUUCACUUUAUCCAUGAGAAAUCUAAGCACCCAAAUGCCAUUCCCCUCAUCUUGCUGCACGGCUGGCCUGGCUCGUUCCUCGAAAUGCUUCACCUCCUCGACCAGCUCAUGUUGAGCAACUCCAGCCAAGCAUUCGAUAUCGUCAUCCCAUCUCUGCCCGGCUUUGGAUUCUCGUCUCCCGCUCCCAACGGCUGGUCAACGUCGGACACGGCCACCCUCUUCAACACGCUCAUGACGCAAAUUCUCGGAUACAAGAGCUAUGCGGUGCAUGGGACGGAUUGGGGCAGUGUCGUGGGGUUUGACAUUUAUGAUCAGUUCAAUACUACUGUCAAGGCGGCGCAUUUCAACUUUUUGCCCUUCUUCCCUUUGACUCCUGAGGAGCUGGAGGCACAAGGAAUCACGCUCACUGCGGCUGAGGCGAUUCAGGAGCAGAGGGCUAUGGACUUUGAUAAUUCGGGCAUUGGCUACUACAUGGAACAGUCCACAACUGUACGCUCUAUCCCGUGUCCUCCACGAGUGGAUGGUUUGCUAAUACGCUUAGGUGAAUACCGUGGGCCUCGCUUUAUAUGA